AGGGGGCUUGUUUGGCCAGGUUGAAAAUUUCAUCGAGCCCAGCAGCCCCCUUUCACCGCAUAUGGCAAACCAAAGGCCUCUGCAGUUCACCGAGAUGGGUAGUGAAGAAUUAGAUUCCCCAGUAUUCAUUGAGGACUUUCCACCCACAAGAGGCACCAAUGUGAACAACAGCAACAAUAAUGCUAACAACAAUGCAACAAUACAGAUGACAUAUGAGAAUGAAUUGAACGACCAGAAGAUGGUACCACCAUUUCCUCAUUCGUUUCACCUCACCAAGCAAUAUUCUAUUCAAACUGAAAAGCAGCAAGACAAAAUGAGCAAAUUAUCAGCAACCAAUGUCAGGUGCUCUUCAGAACGACAAUUUUCCACUCAGCAGGUAAAUGUAAACUCAGAUCGUUUAAGUUUAUUCACACUUGAUUAACUUAUCCACAUUUGACUAGAAAAGA